AUGUCAACUAGAGAUUUCCCAUCCGGCUUCAAGGACACCUUCACAGGCUGGUACAAGAAGGUCCCUAGUGAAUUGGCUUUCACCAAAGCACAAAGAGAGAGAAACUCAGAGAUCCCGGAUAACGAGGAAGACGCUGAGGCGGUGAGAAAAGUCCAGCUCAAGAACUUGUGGCCUGCUUUUGUCUCGGGCGCUGGGCUUUUUUCAGAUGGGUAUGUCAACAACUCCAUUUCUACAGUCACCACCUGCUUGUCCGUGAUCUACGGAGAGAAGUUCACAAACUCAAAUGCAAUUUCCAACGUCUCCGCUAUUGCCUUUGCAGGUGUGGUUUUCGGUCAAUUGUCCUUUGGCUCUAUCUCUGACCGCUUUGCCAGAAAAGGUGGAAUGUUGGCUGCAAACAUUAUUUUGAUCAUCUUCACGGUGCUUUGUGCCGCUGCCACCUGGGGUGUGACUCCAGAAGGCAUGUUCACAGCAUUGACAGUGUUCCGUUUUUUCUUGGGUAUCGGUAUCGGUGCUGAGUAUCCUACUGCCUCCGUCAUUGCCUCUGAGUUUGCCAAUCAGUUGCCUGUGGGCCACAGAAAUAGAUACUUUAUCUGGUUCACUCACACUUGUGUGGAUUUGGGUUAUGUUGUCUCCGCUUUUGUGCCCAUGGUCUUGUUGUGGAUCUUCUCGGACCAGAGAUUGGAGGUGGUCUGGAGAUUGACCUUGGGUCUUGGUGCUCUCCCUAUCAUUGUUCUCUUCUUCAUGAGAAGAAAGAUCGCCAACUCUGCCUCUUACGAGAAAACAAAUUUGAAGAAAGCCAAGAAGUUCCCUUGGUGGCUUGUUCUCAAAUUCUACUGGUUUCGCUUGACCAUCAGUGCCCUCAUCUGGUUCAUCUACGACUUCUCUGCCUACGCUUUUGCUUCUUACUCGUCUUACAUCUUGAGAAUCAUCGUCCCUGGUAAUGACUUGUACAAGACCUUUGGUUGGACUGUCGUCUUCAACCUCUUCUACCUCCCUGGUACUAUUAUUGGAGCAUUCUUCGCUGACUACUUUGGUCCUAGAAUCACCUUGGCUGCUGGUCUCUUGAUGCAAGCUAUUAUCGGCUUCGGCAUGACAGCUGGCUACGACAACUUGAUCACUAACAUUGGAAGCUUUGUCGUUGUCUACGGUGUUUUCACUGCUCUUGGUGAGUUUGGUGCUGGUAACAACACCAGUGUCUUGGCUUCCAAAACCUCCGCUACACCUAUCAGAGGCCAAUACUACGGUAUCGCCGCUGCAUGCGGUAAAAUUGGUGCUUUUGUGGGUACAUACUUGUUUCCUAUCAUCAUGAGAAACCACGGUGGUGUGGACUCGAGCGAAGGUAUCAAGACUGCUUUCUAUGUUUCGUCUUCUUUGUGUCUUUUUUCUGCGGGUCUUUGUUUGUUCUUCUGUCCUUCCGUCGGUCAAGAAGCCAUUAACGAAGAAGACCGUGCCUUCAUCCAAUACUUGAGAGACAACAAUUACGAUCUUUCUCAAUUGGGUGAUGGAUCGCUUGAGCAAGACAUUACCGAAUCUGGAGAGAACUCCAUCGAGGAGAGCAAGGAUUCUAAGGAGAAGGGCGACCUCCAUAUCCACGUUUCAAACACUUCCUCCACUGAGGAGAAGAAAUGA